GGCGUUUCAGAACUGGUAUAUCUUAUGGCGUCGAUGGCGAAUGUGAUCCAUCGGGUGGACCCGUUCUUCUUGGCGUUGCUUCGGACUCGACAGCGACGUUUCCAAGAAAGCGUCGACCUUUGUACGGACAUUCUGGAUCAGAAUCCCUAUGACCAAGCGGUGUGGUUUGUCAAGUGUAGGUCGCUCACGCAGCAAACCUACAUGGACGACUCGGAAAUGGAAGAAGAUGGUGCGGCAGAUCUGUUAUUGGACGACAACGUCAUGGCUCACAUGCCUCGACCGGGCACGUCCCUUAGCCGGCCCAUGACCCGCUCGAGCAAUGCUGCCGGCGACCAAAGUUUCCGCCCCAUGUCGUCUAGCGGACGUCCGUUGAGCGGUUUCGCACGCCCUGGCACGAGUUCCCGUCCAGGCAGUGGCAUGUCCAUUGAUCAAGCCAUGCAGGGCAGUCGACCAGGAACAUCUCGUCCGCCGACUUCGUUGGGGAGACAAGUCCGACUGGGCACGGCAUCCAUGCAAAACCGCGACGAUGAAGGUGUGUUCAUCAACCCUGAUCGCCUCGACUUCAAGCGCUACGCAACGCGCCCGCCCAUUGCCAAAGCGCUGGUCGACUACCUUUUGUACCAUGACCACAAUCCGAAAAAGGCACUAGAGUUGGCCGCUGAAGCCACCGUCGCAGCGGACUACAAGGAUUGGUGGUGGAAGGCACGCAUCGGCAAAUGCUACUACCAAUUGGGUCUGCUUCGCGAAGCAGAGAAGCAGUUUGACUCGAGCUUGCGCAACCAACCCAUGGUGGUCACGUACUUGGAGCUGGCCAAAGUGUACUUGAAACUCGACCAGCCCAACACGGCGCUGGAACUCUACGCCAAGGCCAAAGAGGCAUUUCCAGGGGACGUGCAUGUCCUCGUGGGCAUCGCUCGCGUGUACGACAUGCUCAACGACUCGAAGCAUGCCGUCGAAGCGUACAAAGAGGUGCUGGUACUGGACCCGGCCAACAUUGAAGCGAUUGCGUGCUUGGCGUCCAACCAUUUUUACACCGACCAUCCCGAAGUCGCGUUGCGCUACUACCGCCGCCUGCUUCAAAUGGACGUCAACACGACCGAGUUGUGGUGCAAUGUCGGGUUGUGUUGCUUCUACGCUUCUCAGUACGACUUGACGUUGUCGUGCUUUGAACGCGCGCUGGCGCUGGCGUCGGACGAUAACAUGGCGGACGUGUGGUACAACAUUGGCCAAGUGGCAGUGGGCAUUGGUGAUCUGGGGCUAGCGUACCAGGCGUUCAAGAUCGCCGUGUCCGUUGAUAGCAACCACGCUGAGAGCUACAACAACCUCGGGGUGCUGGAACUUCGCAAGGGUAAUGUGGACCAGGCGCGCGCGCACUUUCAGUUUGCCGACGGACUCGCGACGUUUAUGUUUGAACCCACCUACAACCGCGCGCUAUUGGCGUACAAAAUCGGCGACUUUCAGGACGCCUAUGCCAAAGUGUCCAAGGCACUUCAAGUGUACCCCGAGCAUGCCGACUCUGUCGAACUCAAACGUCAGCUCGAAGCGUUCUUGACCAUGAUUUAGCUAUCGGUUGUUGCAUCAAUCUAAACUCUCGCUGCAUUUGUCAUAUACAUUAUUAUUG